AUGUCGAGAAAAGAGUUGGCACGAGAUAUGCAUAGAUUGGCCCGGUUGGGUGUUCGAUUGGUAGAUUCCGACAAAGGUGGUGUCAUGGUCUGUAAUGGCUCUGAAUCAUCUUUUGUAAAUGAUGUGAAAGCUAAACAAUGUAUUGAUCUGACUUUGGUGGAAUUGAAGGAAGCGGUACUCAAGAAGUCCGUUGAGGCUUUCUUCCAAGGGGGAGAUGGGGUACUUAGAUACCACAGUCGACUAUGUGUUCCAAAUGUUGAUGAGCUAAGGAAACAGAUUUUGGCAGAAGCCCAUAGUUCGUGGUGGUGUAGAUCUCCUAUAGUAUGGUCUGAAGUGGGUGAAAUUGCUUUGUUUGGACCUGAAUUAGUUCAUGAGGCUAUGGAGAAAGUCGGGCUCAUUAGAGAGAGGUAG